AAAAUGCUCAGACGUAUUUUAGAUAUCGUUUCUAUUUCGCUCCUGUGCAAGAAGGACAAUAGAUACAUUUCCACACUAUAUAUCCUCUCAGAUAACAGAUAUAUAAGCUCUUGUUUCUCUGGGCUUCAUCUGUAUGUGAUGAAGAAGGGAGGAAGCCUGUGGCUGUGUUGCUCUGACCCACACGCAAGCACAGGGUGCUGCCACUCUCCUAUGAAACCAUAGGAAGUGUUCAUGAUUCAAGAUAAGAAAGGCCUUCACUUCCUCUUGUGCUUGCAGGGCUGAGCUACCACCAAGGCUGCACGUUCCACCCUGAGAGCCUGCUUACGAAAUGGACCGGGAAACCCUGGGAAGCAUUGUCCUGCUCGCCAUCGUCACCUUGAUUAGUGUUGUCCAGAAUGCUUUUUUUGCUAGCAAAGUGGAGCAUGAAAGCAAACACUGCAAUGGCAAAGGGUUCCAGCGGCCAGGAUCCUCAGCUUUCGACCGCGUCUACACUGCCAACCAGAACUGUGGACACGCAUACCCAACAUUUCUGGCUGUGCUUUGGUGUGCUGGUCUUCUCUGCAGCCAAGCUCCUGCUGCCUUUGCUGGCCUAAUGUACUUGUUUGUGAGGCAGAAGUACUUUGUGGGCUACCUUGGGGAAAGGACACAGAGCACUCCUGGUUACUUGUUUGGAAAGCGCAUCAUUUUGUUCCUGUUUCUCAUGUCUGUGGCUGGAAUACUCAACUACUAUCUCAUCUUCUUUUUCGGAAGUGACUUUGAAAUGCACAUAAAAACGAUAACCAGUGCAAUCUCUCCAUUGCUGCUCAUCCCAUAGCUCCCUGCAGCACUGAAUGGGUCAAUGUGCUUAACAUAUCGAUACCUAGAAGCAACCAUAAUUCAACUGUUUAAUAAAUGAACCUGUAACCCUUUUAGAUUGUUGUAAAUCUCAUGCUUGAUGGGCUUUGUAGUUCGAUUUAACCUUGCUUUUUCCUUCAGGAGAAAGAUUUAUCAUGAGCAUUUGGCACACUCAAGGAAUGGUAACAACUUCCAGUGAUAUCUUUAGAGUUUUUUUCUAUAAGUGCAGCUUGCAAGCUGGCUGCAUGACUGGAAAGGAUAUUGUACGCUUGCUUCAUAACUGUGUUGUACUUAGCUCUUGUCCGAAAGCCUAGCGUCAUCCCUGACUGAUGGUGCCCACAGUUACCCUCGUGCAGAGGCACAGCCUUUUGACAGCACUUCAGAUGCCCCUUCCCAAAUAAAGACACAGAGCAGCUCCUUCACCUACUCUUUCCCUCCCACUUGUUGAUGAAUGAGCUCCCACUGCUGCAAGAGGGUGGCAAACUGGUCACUGUCUGGUCUUCCUUGAUAAAUAUUCAUGUGUGUAAGGCUCUUGACACUGAUCUCAUUUACACUUCUGCCUUUUUGUUCUCUCAGAGCUAUGGAAAAGGGUCUUGUGUGAAUGAGGAUCUGGUGUAUUGGUGGUGGAUUUGGUUUUGUUUUACUUGGCUUUGUUUAAUAAAACUGUCUAAAAGGAUGAAAUCUG